AGAAUGUUAUCGACCGAGGAAAUAUGAUUGGCAGUCCUGGUUGCUCGCACCUGUCACUUUUUUGUGUAUUUACGGUAUUUGCAGUGUUUAAUUUACUAAAAAAACAGAAGUAUUUAUUUCCAUUAAAAUGGCAAAUCCAAAUUUCAUUGACAUGGCAGAUGAUGAUGCCGCUGAAUUGAAAUUUCCGAAAGACUACACAAAUAUUACGCUCGAGAGCAAUAGUAAUAUCGAUCUUAAUGUGUCAGUCGAGAAGGAGGAAAUCAUUACUUCAGAUUCCGUAUGUUUUAUAUGUAAUUCUACAUUAUCAAAACCUCAUAUCCGAUGUGCAAUAUGUAAUUAUAUAGAACUUUGUUGUGCCUGCUUUUCAAGUGGUCGAGAAAUUAAAAGUCAUAAGAAUGAUCACGAUUACAUUAUUGUGAGAAAUGAAUUUCCCCUAUUUGACAAUUCCGUCUGGACUGCAAAGGAAGAAUUGGAAUUAUUGGAUGUACUUUUAGAGUGUGGAUUUGGUAAUUGGAUCGAUAUUUCGAGAAGAAUGUAUGGUAAAACUCCCGAAGAAUGUAAAGCUCAUUAUUUGCAACAUUACAUAGACAAGCCGAGUAUUAACGAAUUGCCAAAAUUUAAGGAAACCGACACCAAUCUUUUUCAUAUUCCAGCGAUUCCCUACAUGUUUAAAUUAGACGAUUUGGAGGAUCCACCAAGAUUUUCCAGCGACACUGUUAACAGUAGAUUAUUGUCAGGCUACAAUCCAGCGAGGUCUGAUUUUGAAGUUAAUUUCGAUCAUCACGCCGAACUUGUUGUUUCUGAUUUAAAGUUCGAUGAUUUCAACUCGGACGAUCCUGAGGACAAUUUAGGAAGAAAUCUACAACUUUCUUUAGUCAGUGUCUACAAUAACAGAUUAAGAGAGCGUAAGCGGAGGGAGAAAAUUAUAAAAGAUCACGGUUUGAUCACUUUGAGAAGAAUUAAUACCUGGUUACACAGGUACGACGACAGUGUUACGAGACCUUUAGUCGAGAGAUUAUUAGUUUUCAUGCAAUUAGUCACUGGCAUGGAUUUUGAUUAUGUCAUAGAAGGUCUGCACAGAGUUGGUGAAUUGAAAUGCCAGCUGCAGAAACUUGUCGAAUAUCGAAAAAAUGGUUUGAAAUAUUUUCAGAGUGUGAAACUAUUUAAAAAAUUGGCAAAUGUUAGGCUGGAGAGUGAACGUGAGAGGAAGAAUCUUUUGGCGAGUUUGGACAGUAAUUGGAAAAAUAUAAUGCACUGCAGCGACUCUGAUUUGAAAGCAUCUGUCGUCGGGGGAGUUACUCAGAGGAGAGCACCGCCACCCUUGGCAAUCAGGGGACUUCCUGGUUUCGAGAAACUUUCUCCGGACGAAGCCGAUCUAUGUUCGAAAAUUCGAAUAGUUCCCUCAAGUUACAUAGACUUUAAACACACCCUCAUCGGCGAGAAUAAAAGAAAUGGAAUGUUGAGAUUGGCUCAAGCUAGAGCUUUAUUAAAAAUCGAUGUUAAUAAGACUAGAAAAAUCUACGACUUUUUAACCGAUCAGGGAUACAUUAAUAAUCCUGCCACUUAAUUUAUAACUUACAUUUUACUCAUUAUGUGAUAUUAGAAUUUAACAUUAGUUUCUGUUUACGAAGUUAUACAAUAAAUAAUUUAUACUUUCUCAA